GUUUGACUACCAGGAGCUGCUGCACAACUCCACCUUCUGCAUCGUGCCCCGGGGCAGGCGCUUGGGCUCCUUCCGAUUCCUGGAGGCGCUGCAGGCCGCCUGCAUCCCCGUGCUGCUGAGUGAUGGCUGGGAGCUGCCCUUCGCCGAGGCCAUCGACUGGGGCAAAGCUGCUGUCGUGGGCAAUGAGAGGCUGCUGCUGCAGGUCCCCUCUGCCGUCCGCUGCAUCCACCCGGAGCGGGUGCUGGCUUUCCAGCAGCAGACCCAGUUCCUGUGGGAGGCGUACUUCUCCUCGGUCGACAAGAUCGUGCACACCACGCUGGAGAUCAUCAAGGAUCGGCUGCUCCCGCACCGCUCCCGCUCCCGCUUUCUCUGGAACACGCUGCCUGGGGGGCUCCUGGCUCUGCCAGACUUCUCCACCCACCUCGGGGACUUUCCUUUCUACUACCUGCAGCACGGCUCCAGCCCCUCUGAGAAGUUCACCGCUUUCAUCCGGGCCGUCUCGCCGACGGGGUCCCCAUCCCAGCCCAUCCUCAGGCUCAUCCAAGCUGUCUCUGCGUCCCAGUACUGUGCCCAGAUCCUGGUGUUGUGGAGCUGCGAGAAGCCACCACCGCCGAGUGGGAAAUGGCCGCAGACCACCGUGCCUCUGACCAUCAUCCAGGGCAGGGGGAAGCUCAGCGACCGCUUCUUCCCCUACGCGGCCAUCCAGACGGACUGCGCCGGCCAGAUGACACCGUCCUCCAUCCUGCCCCAGGUGGACUUCGCCUUCGUGGUGUGGCGCAGCUUCCCCCAGCGCAUCGUGGGCUUCCCCGCACGGAGCCACUUCUGGGACCCCGAGCAGAGGCGCUGGGGCUACACGUCCAAGUGGACCAACGAGCUCUCCAUCAUCCUCACCCCUGCUGCCUUCUACCACAGGUAUUAUCACAACCUCUUCACGGAGUACCUGCCAGCGGGGCUGCGGGAGCUGGUGGACGGCCUGGCUGCCUGCGAGGACAUCCUGAUGAACAUCCUCGUGGCUGCUGUCACCAAGCUGCCUCCCAUCAAGGUCACCCAGUGGAAGCAGCACAAGGAGACCGUGCCCCAGCAGGCGAGGGGCACGGCGGGGGUAGCCAGCGGCCGGCGUUUCUCCCAGCGGCAGGACUGCCUCAACCAGUUGGCAGACUGGUUCGGCUACAUGCCCCUCGUGUCCUCCCAGCUGCGCCUCGACCCUGUCCUCUUCAAGGACCAGGUCUCCGUCCUGCGCAAGAAAUACCCGCGCUUGGAGAAACCCUGA